AUGGGUAAAAUGGAUUCAUUGUUGUUGAAAAGCAAAUUUCGAGGCUCCUUGCUCGGCGCGUUGAUGGGUGAUUGCCUCGGCUCCGCUUACGAAGGGGACGAACUAUUUAGCGCUGGUAUGAAGCUGGUCAUUCAAAAGUCUUUCGACAAACUGCAAGGGCCGCAUUUUAAAGCGCCUGUUAUUCAAUUCACUGACGAUUCUGCAAUGACUCGAGCCGUUGCCGAAUCUCUGAUCGAGUGCACAGGAUUCGACCAGACACACAUGGCCAAGAAGUUUGUCAAGUCUUACUACCUGGAACCCAACCGAGGCUAUGGAGCUGGUGUAACGACGGUAUUUCAUAAACUUCGAAACAACAAGUUCGUUGAUGUACUAGGGCCUGCGAGGGAGCAGUUCAACGGCGAAGGUUCCUUGGGUAAUGGUGGCGCGAUGAGAGUCGCUCCAAUUGCGCUUUUCUACUAUAAGAAUUCUGAGCUCAUGGUUGAUACAGCCAGGAAACAGUCCCAUAUCACUCAUACGCACAAAACUGGAGUCGACGGAGCAAUACUUCAGGCGAUUGCUAUUCAACAAAGCCUCUUAUUAGAUCCUAAAGAAGAAUUGGAUACCUGCAAGUUUACUGACAACUUAAUUAAUGAAAUGGACAAAAUUGAAAUUGAUGAAGAAGGAUUAGGUUUGGUUGACCCAUCUCCUUACAAAACUCAAUUGAAGUUACUGAGGAAUCUAAUCUGCGAAGACGGGGAUGGGCCUCAUGAUGAAAAAGUAGUUCAUCAGUUGGGAAACGAUGUAUCGGCACUUCAUUCUGUGCCUACAGCAAUUUAUUGCUUUCUCAAAGCUCAGAAACCCAUACCAGCCAUACAGACGGAAAAUCCACUGAGAAGAACAGUUCAAUAUGCUAUCAGCCUAGGCGGCGAUACGGAUACGAUCGGCAGCAUGGCUGGCGCUAUUGCGGGCGCCUUUUACGGGGAGGAGAUGAUUCGUCCAGAGAUUUUAAAACACUGUGAGACUUCUGACAAGUUCAGGGAACUUGCCGAUCAACUCUUCCACCUGGCCACAGCUUGAGAAACGAAUAACAAGAUGCUACAGUACUCAAUCGACUCUGCCGUUUCAUAUUAAUUGAAAUCAAACGAGUUUUUUUUUUUACUUCAGACCAACAAAUCAAUGGCGCGACCGUUGAUUAUUUUUUUGACGUCAUUUUGAUACGAUUGUAAAAAUAUCGUUCUUAUGCACUAGUUUCUUUGUUAGAUACCGUAUUUUACGACUUGUAUAGCGCGCAUUUAAUUCAUUCUCCGCGAGUAACGGAUCACUUCGCAAUCAGUUAUGUCUUUUUUACGGACCGAUGAUUAUACUCGUUUUGCUACAACUGACGAGUAACGUGGUAUUCCACAGAUUAUUCAAUAGACUUUCAUAAUUUGAACAAUCAUAUGAUAUCAUAAAAAGAACGUAAUCUACUAGAUCCGUUUUGAAUCUCUAUUUAAUCAUUCGUCGGUGACAAUUUCUCCCAUUGUACAUUUAUUAUUGUUGAAUAAAAAUUAUUCUAUACUCGCUCGUUCUCGUUAAAAAUAAAUGCAUAUCAUUUUCAGGUUAUUGUUACAUUUGUUAGUAUGUAAUUGCAAUUGUAAAUAACAGUACGAUGAAUUGUAUAAACUUUUAUACAAAGAAACUUCGCGUCAUUUUUUAUAAUAAUCGAAUAAAGUGACGCAUAAAAUCAAUAUUAAUCGAAAGUUUUGCGUGAACGUUUGGCUUGUGAAUUUGUUUCAAGUUUGACAGAAAAAAUCUUAGAAACCGUCCGUAAAUUACAUUAUCAGUUUCGAACCUUUUUUUAACUCUUCCUCCAUCCCCCAAAGGAACGUUGUCGUCUUGGUGAAAGUAAUAUUUUCAUAUUCAAAGAACAUU